UCCGACUGCGUCCUAGGCCUCGGCAGAAGGAAUCGAGGUCCUCGCCUCGGCGCGGAGUCCUCCGCUUCUCUAGAGGCCACUGCUGGGUUGGGCGCCAGAGACCGUCGAGAUCAGCGGCUCCACCCCGGCCGGAGAGCUGCUGACUGACCCCACCCAUCAGCGGCUGCUGAGCGACUGGAGCGAGGCGAGCUCAAGACCCCGGCGGCUGUAGCGGCAAGGCCGGAUCGUUCCGGGGGGGGAAGAGUAAAGGCGCUGGGCCUGGCUGCGCUGAACGAUCGGGGCCGGGAGUCGAAGGCACGAUGCUGGCGCUCUUCACGAAGCUGCUGGACUGGUUCCGGGCGCUCUUCUGGAAGGAGGAGAUGGAGCUGACCCUGGUGGGGCUGCAGUACUCGGGCAAGACCACCUUCGUCAACGUGAUCGCGUCUGGACAGUUCAAUGAAGAUAUGAUCCCAACAGUGGGCUUCAACAUGAGAAAAAUCACCAAGGGAAAUGUAACUAUAAAGCUCUGGGACAUUGGAGGUCAACCUCGUUUUCGUAGCAUGUGGGAGAGGUAUUGCCGUGGUGUCAGUGCAAUAGUAUACAUGGUAGAUGCUGCAGAUCAGGAGAAGAUUGAAGCUUCAAAGAAUGAACUGCACAACCUGCUUGAUAAACCACAACUCCAAGGCAUUCCUGUCUUAGUUCUUGGGAACAAGCGAGAUCUGGCUGGUGCCUUGGAUGAGAAAGAGCUCAUUGAAAAAAUGAACUUGUCUGCCAUCCAGGACCGAGAGAUCUGUUGCUAUUCAAUCUCUUGCAAAGAAAAAGACAACAUUGAUAUCACCCUACAGUGGCUUAUUCAGCAUUCAAAGUCCCGGCGAAGCUGAGAGCUCUUUGUCCAAGUUUUGGAUCGGGAAGAUGCGAUUGUAAAAGCCAGGCGCACCUCCUCCCCCUUUCUCUUUCCCCAUCUCCUGCUCUUUCCAUCCCUCUUGCCCACCUCUUUUUCCCUAGAUGGGUAUUUUUAGGGGACACCAGAACCCUCUUCAGCUGAGAUUGAACUCCUGUUUUUAUUAUAAAGAAACUGUCUGCCCCCUCCUCUCUUUUGCUCCUUACUCUGAUUUUGGCACUGUUCUGUUGUUGUCAGUGUGUGUACAGUAUAUAUAUAUAUAUAAAUAUAUGUAUAUAUAUUUUAAUUUUUUUAAUUUAAGCAAUUAUACUGUUACUAAAUGGGGCCUGUCAGCUGUCAAGGGGGCAGCAGCUAAUGGAUGGGGUGGGAAAGUAACAAAUGCAGUAUUGGGGACGUCACAAGCAGCCACAGAACAAGUGGGAUCUUGCUGGGUACAGAGCAUAACUUUGGGUGAUACUCUCCCUACAAGAUAACUCUCUCCUUCCAUCUUUAGCACCUCUUUUCUCCUUCUGUAUAUGGUAUGAUUAUUUGGGGUGGGGGGGCAUCUCCAGGAGAGCGUCCUAGAGCAGUAUUUGCAUUUAAUUGUCUGUGCAAGACUUUAGGGAAGAGCCAAUGCAGGGUUGUUUUUUUCUUUGCCAUUAAAUCCUUAGAAACAAUGGCCAGCAGGCAGGAGUGAAGCCCUUUGAUCUGAGCUUUAAAUCUCAUUCACCUUGCACUUGAAGAUACAGAACAUCAUCUCUUGCUGCUGCUGUGUUUCAGAACCAUACUUGAUAUAUGCUGGAUGCGCUCCCUCUCUUUGAAAACCCGAAAGGCAGCUUUCUUUACAAGGAUCAAGAUAUUUCCCUGAACGGAAGCAGGCAGUGCAUGAUGUACAUCCUGUGACUUAUGCAGAUGACUUAGAAUUCUGGUGUGCUGCCAAAGCGACUAGUUUUGGAUCACCAGCAUUCACUGAGUCCAUGUUUUAGGAUGUCUCGUCCCUCAGACAUUUGUGGAUUGUUGAGGAACAGAAUGACUUCUGCAAAGGUCCCAUUCAAAAGCCUUUUGAGCAAGACAGAGCUCAUAGAAUGGUUCACUCAAAGCACAGACCUGAUUUGAAUUCUAGAGCAAGGAGGGUAUGCAGAAGAGGCUGUCUUUGCCCAGAGCUCAGGAUGAAGCUGUAAGAAGCCAGGAUUCUUUUCUAGGUGUCCUUUAAGCUUAAAUCUCCCCCCCGCCCCACUUUUCCUUCCACCAAUGCACGGCGAGCUAUGGAAACUCUGCUUCUCAAACUCAAGGAUGAUGUUUAGGAUAAUAGAGUAGAAGAGGGAAUUUCAUUCUGUGGGUUUGUAUAAGAAACCCCUUGGAUUAUACCGUGCUUGAGUUUCUGGCAAAGGCCAUGAUAUUCCUCACUAAGGGAGGUCAAUUUAGGCUACUGCUUCUAUGUCUCCUUUUGAAUCACCCUAGGACUUAAAGCAGCUGCAGAGAAGCUCAGGAAGUGAAGCGAUGGAAAAUAUUUAAAGAUGCGAUAAGCUAAUACUGUUUCUUGUAAAGGUAGUUGAUGCUGCUGGGUGGCUAUAUCUCUUUCUGUCCCAUGUAAGCUAUGGACAGGUGUACAGUCGCAGGGCCCAUCCUGCCAUGAGCUGCUUCCCUCAAGAGGGGGAGGGUGCUUUCUAAUUUCAUGUUUUCUUUUCUCCUCAUUUUCACAAAGCUGCACAAGGAAGCAUUUUAUGUUUUUUAAUUUAAUCAAUUGUAUAGUGUCAUUUAUUCCUUUUUUUAAAAAUACAUUUUUGGCUCAUACGUUGACCUUCUCUGGAAAACAAAUCUUGUAACAGUACUUUUUUUGGCUCAAAAUAACAAUAAAUUAACAAUUUUAUGUUGGUGGUGGUUGCACUGUUA